AUGAAUAAGGUUUCAGCUCUGCAAAAAAAGAAAAGAAAAGAUUUUAUACCUUACUUUCUAGGAUUUGUAAUAUUUUUAUAUUGCACCGUCCAUUUUGUAUCAUUUACAGCUCAAACUGCUCAGGAAACCCACUCUACCAGGGUUCGUCGGGCUCUUGAGAACGAGACAGAAUGUAUCUCACCACAGUCCUCUGAGUUUCCUGAGGGCUUUUUCACGGUGCAGGAGAGGAAGGAUGGAGGGCUAGUCAUAUAUUUCAUGAUUAUUUUCUACAUGUUUCUGGCUGUAGCAAUAAUCUGCGACGAUUACUUCUUGCCUUCCUUAGAAGUGAUCAGUGAACGUCUGGGACUGUCUCAGGAUGUAGCAGGAGCCACCUUUAUGGCAGCUGGGAGUUCUGCACCUGAACUGGUCACAGCCUUUCUGGGUGUGUUUGUGACAAAGGGAGACAUCGGGGUCAGCACCAUCGUGGGAUCAGCGGUCUACAACCUGCUAGGAAUUUGUGCGGCAUGUGGACUCUUGGCCUCUAUGGCCGGACGCCUCACCUGUUGGCCACUGUUCAGGGACUGCCUGGCAUAUGCCAUCAGUGUUUCUGCUGUUAUUGCCAUCAUUUCUGAUAACAAGGUGUACUGGUACGACGCUGCCUGCCUGCUGCUGGUCUAUGGUGUCUACAUCGUGGUUCUGUGCUUUGACCUGCGCAUCAGCGAGUUUGUCCUGAGGAAGCUGAGCCCCUGCUGCACCUGUCUGGGCCACGGAUCAGCUGAGAAGACUGAGACACAGACUCUGCUGGGCUGGAGUAAAGACACCACUCUGCAUGUCCACAAUCGCUCCAGAACUGACAGCGGGAUCUUCCAUGACGACUCAGGAUACUCCAACUUGUCCCUCAGUCUGCAUGGCCUCAAUGAGAUUCCAGAAGCUGAGCAUAAAAGCGUGUUUGCUGUGCCGGAGAGCGACCUGAAGCGGAUUUUCUGGGUUUUGUCUUUGCCCCUCAUCACUCUGCUCUUCCUGACCAUCCCUGACUGCAGGAGGAGGUUCUGGAAGGGAUGGUUUAUGAUAACCUUCCUCAUGUCAGCUGUCUGGAUCUCAGGUUUCACAUACAUUCUGGUCUGGAUGGUCACUAUUGUCGGGGAGACCCUUGGCAUUCCUGAUACAGUUAUGGGACUCACUCUGCUUGCUGCUGGGACCAGUAUACCUGACACCAUAGCCAGUGUAAUGGUAGCCAGAGAAGGGAAAGCUGACAUGGCCAUGUCCAACAUUGUGGGCUCUAAUGUUUUUGACAUGUUGUGCCUGGGCCUGCCCUGGUUCAUCAAGACUGCCUUUGUGGAUACCAACAACCCUGUAGAGGUCAACAGCAGCGGACUGCUCUUCAUUUCCUUCACGCUGCUACUUUCCAUCAUCUUCCUCUUUGUAGCUGUUCACAUUAACGGAUGGAAGCUGGACUGGAAGUUGGGAAUCGUUUGCCUUUUCUGCUAUAUCCUGUUUGCCACUCUGGCCAUCCUGUACGAGCUGGGGAUUAUUGGGAAUAAUCCCAUCAAACUGUGUGGGGACUGAGAUCUGAUCUCCCCAAAACUGAAGCCAUAUUUAAUUACAGACUCAAACAUUCCAGAAACAAAACUAAUUUAAAGCAAAUGAAGCAUGGUCACAUACUUUCAAAGAUAUUGUGCCAUGGAAGACGUGUGCUGGUCACAUCUCAAGAAGAGGAUGAUCUCCAGUCAUAAUAUAAUGUAUUUUUAGCUAAAGGUGGAUGUGUGCCAAAGAUCAUUUUGUUGUGUGAGCCUGUCCGAUCCAGACCUGCCUUAUCAUACAAGGACCUGUUGUCACGUUCUGAGAAGUCUUCUCUUACUCAAGGCCCAUAAACAGUUAAGAGGCUGCACAGGAGUGACAGCUGAGUUCAAAAGAAUCCACAACUGACCAGUCAAUAAAGUAUUAACUAAACUCCUUUAGCCCUGUCCUUCUUUUUGAAGUGGGCGAGCUAAACAAAGAGGCAACAUCUACACAACUCUGAUAAGCUUUUAUGAGCAAGCCUUUAUUAUCAACAAACCUUCCACUUGCCUUAGAUUAUCUAAAAAGUAAAACUACCAUUAAGUUUUUAUCAGUUGUGUUUCCAGCUAACCUACAAAGCCCACAUGGACUUUAGACACGGAUUAAAACUGUGUAACAAUUGCAAUAUAAUCAAAAGUGACUUCUAUUCUACUGGAGCACCUAUCAUGGAUAUCUGAGAAUUUGAAUAGCUUCCUCUGAUUAGUGUUGGUAUUCACGCCUGAUAUAAUCCAUGCCCAUUCUGUUCUCACUUUAUUCCAGUAGCUGCCUUUGUGAUUACUGUGGAAUUUCCCCACUGCAUGGCAG